UUCUCGAAAAAGUUUUUGUUUGUUUCCAUAUCGAAUUUUUGUGAAUUUUUCAAUCGAAAAAAGAAAAAAGUAGAAAAAGCUAGAGAAGAGCAAUGGCACGAACAUCACGUAAAAGUUCAAAUCGUCAAAUGGCCGAUUCAGGUGCAGCAAAAAUUGGUUUUAUUGGUGCAGGUAAAAUUACUCAAGCAAUCAUUCAAGGUCUAGUGAAAUAUGGACGUGUUGAACCACAACGUAUUCAUGUAUCGGCACCUAGUACAACGAAUACUGAUCAUCUUAAAGAGGAAUAUAAAGGCUUGAAAACAACUAAACGAAAUAUUGAUAUAUUUGGUCGUUAUGAUUGUGAUAUCAUUUUCAUUUGUGUUAAUCCACAAGUAAUUCGUAAUCUUUAUCGUAUUGGUGGUACACAACCGGCUGCAUUGACAACAAAUUUCAUUCCAAAUAUGCGUCAUCCAGCAUAUGUUUUAUCCGUUGUGUUUGGAUUUACAACCGAUCAGAUUAAACUUUGUUUAUUGAAUCCAGAAGAUCCGGCAAAAUAUACGAUAAAAUUUCAUCGUUGUGUUAUUAGUCCAUCGGUUGCAUUUGGUGCUGGUAAUUGUUAUUUUGAUGUUGAACCCGAUAGUACAAAUCUAGCUGAACCAGUACGUGAUUUACUUUCACGGGUAUCGAAAUUGGAAUAUCUUUCAGCAGAUAUGAUGGAUAUUUGCUGCAUUAUUGCUGGUGCUGGAAUUGCAUUUUCUCUUGAAUUUCUAAAAGCAAUGUCUGAUGGUGGUGUUAAAUUAGGAAUGGCAAGAAAUAAUGCAACAAAAUUGACAGCUAAAAUGAUCUCUUCAGUUGCACAAACAUUAUUUUCAUCGGGAAAGAAUUCUGAUUUUUUAAAAGAUGAAGCAUGUAGUCCAUCCGGCGGUGCUGUCUAUGGCCUAAUGACAUUGGAAAAGGGUAAAGUUCAUUCAUGUAUUUGUAGUGCUGUGGAUGCAGCAUUUCAACGUGCAAAUCAAAUGGCCACAACCGGAACUACUGAUUGAUUAAUGAAUUAGAAUCGAAUGUGAAUUCUAAUUGGUUGUAUGUGUGCAUGUGUGUGUGUUGUUGAUUGAAAUUUUUUUUUUUUUGAAUUAAAAUUUUUGUUCGAAA